AUGUCUCUUCAACAAUAUGUACCGGGCACAGCAUUCUUCAUCAGCGAGCUCUACGAAUAUCUCGAAGGACUCGGGAACUACCACCAAUCUGAGGCGAUCACUGCUGCUAUACCAAAAGUGAACAACAGCCCCAUGCGUCCACCGCUAGACCUAAAGACCGAGAAACUCUCAGGCAGCGCUUUCGUAGGCCCACGGUCCCUGGCUGUACAUACAUGGGUGUACCGAGUACGCCCAAGUGUUAUUCAUGGGAAGCAUGUUCCUUUCCGUCAUGACUCGGAGAGCGGAAACCCCACAAAGGGAACGAAUUUGACUCCAGACUCCAAGUUAUGGGAAAAGUUCCCUCUUCAGCAAGCUUCAGAUUGGUUCAGUCAGCGACUGAUUGGAGCUACUGGCGAUCCGGCACUCAAGAGUGGACUGUCUACAUGGGCUUACAAUAUCAACAAAGGCAUGGAUACCAACACUGCCUUUGCCAGUCUGGACGGUGAGGCCCUCAUCGUUCCACAGCUAGGGGCUUUGGAUAUCACUACAGAGCUCGGAAAGCUCCUUGUGCGUGCCGGGGAGAUAGCUGUCAUUCCUCGCGGCUUGCGAUACCGUGUGCAGCUUGUGAAUGGUAUACCUUCUCGAGGCUUCAUCAGCGAGUUAUACCAAGGCCAUUACCGCCUUCCCGAACUCGGCAUCAUGGGAACAUCCGGUGCGGCAAACGUGCGGGAUUUCCAGAUCCCGUCGGCAUACUUUGAUGGCCAGAUUGUGGAAAAGGACGGGUAUAGGAUCGCAACUACAUUAGAAAACAAAUGGAGAAUCAUCUCGCGUCUCAACUACAAGCUAUUUGCUUGCGAGCAAGACCAUACCCCGUUCGACAUCGCCGGGUGGCAUGGUACUUUGUACCCGUACAAAUACGAUCUUGGAAAAUUUGAUUAUCUCGCCAACGUCCACUUCGGUCACAAGGAUCCAAGCGCACACACUGUUCUCACAGCGCAAACUUACGGGAAAACCCCUAAUACCGCUGUUGUUGACUUCAUUAUCUUUGGAAAGCGACACGAAGCGGCUCUGGACACGCAUAGGCUGCCUUGGUAUCAUCGUAACACGAUGAAUGAAUUCAGCUACGCUAUUUGGACGGGGCGUCCUCCCACAGACGAAAGCGAGAUUAUUGGGUUCCCGGGGGUAUUUUCUGCUGGUGCAGUCGCCGCGCAUGGUCCAAGCGAUGAAGAAUACCGGGCCUUGCAGGAAGUCGAGGGCAUGAAGCCAGUUUUGACUAUGGAUGGUCCGCUGACAAUUGCCAUGUUUGAAACAGAAUGUCCACUAUAUUUCACAGACUGGGCUAUGGAGAUGGCUCGAGAGAACCGCGCUGUGGAAAUGAGAGGGAUCGCGGAAUGA